AUGACUUUUGUCCUGAGAGUCGCCAUGGAAUGCCUGGGCCUGCUCCUCUCUUCUCUGGGCUGGGUUUUAGCCAUCGUCACCACCUCCCUGCCGCUUUGGAAACAUCGCAACCUGGACUUGAAUGAGAUGGAGAACUGGACGCUGGGGCUUUGGCAGGCGUGCGUGGUGCAGGACGAGGUGGGCUGGCAGUGUAAGGCCUUCGAGUCCUUCCUGGCUCUGCCGGCCGAGCUCAGGCUGGCCCGCGUCCUGAUGUUCCUGGCCAACGGGCUGGGCUUGCUGGGCCUACUGCUGGCCGGGCUGGGCCUGGACCAUCUGCGCAUCGGAGAGCGGUCCCCUGAGCUCAAGAAGCGCCUGCUGGUGUUGGGGGGACUGGUGCUGGGGGCAGCGGGCGUGGCGGUGCUGGUGCCCGUGUCCUGGGUGGCCUAUGGGACUGUGCAGGAAUUCUGGGACGAGGCUGUGCCGGACAUUGUGCCCCGUUGGGAACUGGGGGACGCACUUUUCCUGGGCUGGUUCGGGGGAUUGUGUCUUCUUCUAGGAGGGGGACUGCUCAACUGUGCAGCCUGCUCGGGUUCUGGGCCCCUGCCUGAAGGCCACGGGGCUGUGACAGGAACCCCAACUAUGGAAAACGGAGUCACAAAUCUUAAAGUAUCGGAUUCUCUCUGCUCGCCCCUUACCCUAGGGCAGGAGAAGCAAGAGAGGCCGGCUGAGCUGAAAGGAAGUGAUGAUGAUGAUGAUGAUGAUGAUGAUAAUGAUGGGGAGAGUGCACAGGUCAAUGUCUGA